AUGGUGCAAAUGAGAUCCAAAAACAUGGCAUACGAGUCGGGAACUAAUAACUAUAGUGAUACAAUAGCUAAUGGAAAUACCCUGCCGCCGCGAAGCAAGAAGGGACACAGUGGACGUAGAAAGAGGAGCGAAACUUUGCCCAUAGCGUGUAAUAAUUUUUGUGUUACAAGACAGAUUGAUGACGAUGAACAAGCGUUCAAAAUGCUAGAUAAAGUGAGUCAUCUGAAAAAAUUCAGUGCUGAAGACGGUGAUGAUAACAAUAUAUUCGUCCAAUGGGCCGAUGAUAUUACAGAUAUCUUAUUUGGACUAUGCUGUACAGGAACGUUUUUGAAACUUCUUAUAAGCUCUGCAUUAUCCGGCCGGGCUAAGACAUGGUUUGAUUCUACAACGGAGGGAAUCGAUGACCAUGUGAUAAAGGCUUACAGUUUUGAAAAAUUUCUUGCUCUACUAUCAGAAGAAUUUGAUGGAGCAAGAUCUUUAAGAAGGGAAAUUUUUACGGAACUAUUGACGUUGUCCAUUGAUUCUGAGAAGUCAUUAGAAGCAUUUGCCCAUAAAUCGGGACGUCUAACUCCAUAUUAUCUGUCUUCUGGUGCUGCGUUGGAUCUAUUCCUCACAAAAUUGGAGCCACAGUUGCAAAAGCAACUGGAAAAUUGUGCAUUCCCAAUGACUUUGAAUUUAGCACUAUUGAUAACUGCCUGUGAAUUUGCGAAGAGAGCAUCUAAUCAUAAAAAAUACCGGUAUAAAAAUACGAGGGAUUCCGACAUUUGUACUCCAAAGAGUAAGAAUACUGCUAUCGUUAGCAAAUUAUCGAAUACUAAAACUAUAAGUAAGAAUAAGGUUAUUGAAAAGAGUGAUAAGAAAAAUUACUUUGAUAAGAACAGUCAACACAUACCCGAUCCUAAACGUCGGAAACAAAAUGAACCUGGAAUGCGGCUCUUUCUUGUCAUGGAUGAGGAAAAGAAUAUUCUUACAUCUAGGAAUGUUUCUGCCAAUGCAUACACAUCAAAAAAUGGACACACCAAUUUAAGCGAUCUCCAUACGAAUCUUAAAAACAGUAAAUCUCAACAAUGUGCAGUGGAGCCAAUAUCGAUUUUGAAUAGCGGCAGUUUGGUUACAGGCACAAUUAAUAUUGACCUAAUUAAUGAUGAAGUUUUAGGCACGAAGGAGGAAACUACAACUUAUGAUGAACGUAUGGAUGGAAACUCACGUUCUUUGAAUGAGAGGUGCUGCGCCGUCAAGAAAAACUCACUACAACCUAUAACAUCAAAUAUAUUUCAAAAAAACGCUGAAAUUCAGGGCACAAAGAUCGGGAGCGUUCUAGAUAGUGGUAUAUCGAAUAGCUUCUCCUCAACAGAGUAUAUGUUUCCGCCCACAAGCUCUGCGACAGUUAGUAAUCCAGUAAAAAAAAAUGAAAUCAGCAAGAGUAGCCAGGUUAAAGAUAUUGCCCAGUUUAAUCCGUUCAUGACAAACGAAAAGGAGAAAAAGUUAAAUCCAUCAGAAAGCUUCAAAAGCCCUGGAGUGUCUAUGGAAAUAAAUAGGCUAAGCCGUAUCGCGGGCCUCAGAAAUAUUCCAGGAAACAUUUACGAAGACAGCAAAAUGCUUAAUUUGAAAACUCGAAAGUGCUACCCACUGCAUAACUUUGCUGUGCGCACGAGGAGUGCACAUUUUAAUGACCGUCCUUCUAAUUAUAUAUCACCGCAUGAAACCAUAAAUGCGACUCUCCGAUCACCUGCAAGCUUUGAUAGUAUUCAAUGUAUUACUAGGUCCAAGAGGGUAGACGCAGAGACCAAUAAAGCAACUGGUUCAGCAAAAAGCGAAAAUAUAGAAACUAAGAGCAGAAAGUUCCCUGAAGUAAUAAACCCUUUUCUUGUGAACACAACGAACAAGAAAGAAAGCGAUUAA